GUCCACUUCAAUCUCAACCCGCAUGGCUUGAGAUUAUUGUCCGUUCAACCACAUUGUGCGCACAUUUGUGGGAAUAACUAACCAUCCACGCGCCUAGCCACUCUUGCACUUACUAGCGACAUGGACUUUCAAUACUCGCCGCAUCGUCAAGGCGGAGGUGGGCUGCACCUAGCUUCACCGACGCAUCAUGUUCACAAUAACGGCUUUGUGUCGAUCGACCGGAUUCGUAGCUCGCUCUCCAGAUCACCAUCAAGGCCUUCACGCUUUGCACUUCACCACAAUUCCCCGGAAACCCCUCGAUCACCCAUCUCACCGCUCGCGACCUCCAGAGCCUUCACCCCGAAGCCCGCAAACGAACCUACCCAGUCAUUCACACCUCCUACACCUCUUGCACCGCAAGCACCACAACAACCAGCAUCGGCAGUCAAAGUCUCCAAGCUCACACUGCGCCGCACCACUCCGUUCCGCACUUCGAUCCGUACGCGUACUGGUGGUACCAGUCCGAAACGCACCAGCCCACGACGUACGAGUCCGAGGCGUGCACUUGGAGAUUCAGUAAACCAGGGUAAUGCUUUGCCAUUACGAACCUUGCCAGCGACCGAGCCUCCCGGAAAACGCUUUUCCUUAAACGUUGAUAAGCCUGAGACUGCACCGCAGCUACCAGGAGCUAUGCGCAGUGUCAUCAAUGACGAGCCGAUCAAGUUCCCAUUCUCGCGACCUAGGUCCGACAAUAACAUGUUGUCCAAGUCAGACAUGUCAGCUCCGGCAAAAUCAAGCCCACUGAAGCGCAGUGACGGAAUAAUGAACCUCGAUCAAGCCAGCCUUGGUAGUCCAGUCGCGAAAAGGCGUAGUCUUCACGGAGCCUCUGCCUUUGGCGCAGACUUCAGCAUUUUUGACCAAAGUUCUGAUGCUGACCAGACGAAUGGUAAUGACAAGCAUCAAGACUCGGCCAAUAUCUUCUCUUCACCGAGAAGGUCACCUCCGCUCCGGAAGUCAUCACUCAGAAAAUCAACUUUUCAGCAGCGGUUCGGUCAGACCGCCUCCAAAACAUCGAGAUCUGGUGAACACGAGUUUACCGUGCCCGGCCCAGCUGCGUCAAAGCAGAAGCAACGUGCAUCGUUAGACAGUUCUAUGAACUUUGUGUCGACUUCGUCUCCCAACCCCUUCCGUCGUAGCACUCAAUCCGACGGUCCGCAGGCGACAAUGUCUCCACAGUCGUUCCUGGCAAGGUCUACGUCACUACGAAAUCAGCCACACCCUCUGUCGAACAGCUUGACCCCAUCCUCUUCAUCGUCGAGCCUUCUCGACGAAUCUCCGACCCAUCACCCUGCACCAGUGUUUGCUCAUGGUCACAACUAUACACAUCAACCAUAUCGCGCCCCGAAUGCUGAACCUCGUAUCAACACCAACUUCGCCAAAUCUCUUCCCAUCGGUGCCAUUCGACCGACCGAGAACGAUGACCAGUCUUCGGAGUUCUCCACACCUGCGACAUACAAGAUGGCCAAGCCUUUACCUGCUGCCUUCAUGUCUACUGGGUUGAUCUCCAAGCGCAAUCGCCCCCUGGAAGAGACUCUGGCCGAGUCAUAUGUAAUGCCCGAUACUCCCUCGAAACGCAAUUCGUUUCCUCCCGUCACGGCCACACCAUUCCGACGGAGUGGUUUCGGGGACUCAACAGUGCCAGACUUUGGUACUCCUGCUUCGCCCUUUAGCGUCAAGGGAACUCAUGUAUUCGGCAGAGGUGCAAACAUAUUUGGUGUUACCUUCGACCCGAAUACCCGUCGCCGUACCAGCUUCCACAGUGUUGAAGGUGAUGACUUUCCAGUAUCACCCUCGCGUCAGGAAGACCGCCAGUCUAGUGCGGACGAGCUUCCUCCAACACCGACCAGGAAUGCCGGCCUGCGUGGCAGCCUUCGCAGCAGUCUCUUUGGACGUCGUGUGUCACUUGGUCAGGAUACCUUUGCUCAACCUGACGGGGAUACCGUAACGUCUCCACAAAACUCAAAGGGUAAGUUCUUUCCACUUCAGGCCAUGGUGACGAGAGUGGAUGGUCCAACGGCUGGAUGUUCGUUACCUCCAGAGGACUGCUCUCCGUCUAGGCUGUCUCCAUCUGCGUUCGCUUUGUCUUUUGCUCGAUCUCGCCUUCUACGGCAUUCUGAGAAGCUCCAAUCCCAAGAACUCCCCCAACUUUCUGUUUCAGUCACGUUUUCCACUACCGAUAAACCGAACAUGACUAAAAGAUCACCUCUCUCAACAGUUUCCCCAACCCCUGGAUCAACUUCUGAGUGCUUGUCUCCCCAUACACCUCAGGAAUCGUGCACACCACCAGAUCCUAGCAGCCUCUCCAUCUCUAACCCCGCUCCCCGUCGUGGCUCUCAUCAUUUUGGAAACAGCACAACGAACAUUGCUGCUUUCCCUCCGGCCACGCCAACCACGUCCCGCGAGAACUACUUCCUCGGUACCAAAAGACAAGGUUUUGUUCACCGAUUGACUUCAAAUGAGGUCGAUACCGCUCUCACAUCACGCUUUGGCACUGUCACCGCACUUGGAAAGGGCGAGUUCUCUUCCGUUUACCGCGUGGAAAAGCCUCUGUCCAACCCUUUUGCUGCUUCAACACCUACGGCUACAUUUACCAAGGUUUGGGCCGUGAAGAAAUCUAAAACCGUCAUCACUGGGGCCAAGGAUCGUCGGCGAAAGUAUCGAGAGGUGGAGAUCCUGAAGCUCAUACAGGGUCACGAACAUAUGGUGCAAUACGUUGAGCAUUGGGAAGAUCAUGGCCACCUAUAUAUCCAGACAGAGUUCUGUGAGAACGGUAACCUUGAGACGUUGUUGGCUGCAACAGGCUUUAAGAGCCGCAUGGAUGACUUUCGAAUUUGGAAGAUCCUUUCGGAGCUGUCGGAGGGUAUCGAAUUUAUCCAUGGUAUCGGGCUUGUACACCUCGACAUUAAGCCCGCAAACAUUCUCAUUGACUUUUCGGGGGGGCUCAAGAUUGCCGAUUUCGGUAUGGCUGCACAAUUGCCUGUCGACACCGCUAGACACGAGGGCGAAGGUGACGUAUACUACCUCGCACCCGAACAGUUGAAAGGCAUCCACGGCAAGCCAGCUGAUAUCUUCGCACUUGGUUUGAUUGUUUUAGAGAUGGCUGCGAAUGUCUGCCUCCCACCCAGCGGACAGUCUUGGCAGAAUCUACGUAACGCCGACUGGCAUGAGGUUCCAAGUCUUUCCUGGAGCUCAACAAAGGACUCGAUCCAGGACGAAUCUAGCGAGCGGAUCCAUACUUCUGACCCUGAAUUCACCGAGCUAUCGAAUUCUAUGUUUGGAUCCAACUCAGCCGGGAUGGAGGUACCUAAACAAUUAUUCAAGCCGAACGAACAAAGAACACCACCUUCCUUCAUGGUGGACUUGGACGAUCCUGACUCGCUUCUACAUACCACGCGGUGGAUGAUGGCACCUGACCCAGAAGAGCGCGCUACUAUCCAAGACGUUCGCAAACUCCGCGGUAUCGAAUGGGUUGUCAGCCGUCGUCGUGCGGGAGCCACUGUCUUUGAGGGAAUAUGGGGACCUGCUGACGACGUUCUCAACUAUUCAAAUGACGUUGACAUGGUUGAUGCGUGAUACUCUACAUCACAUGAUCAUGUUCCCAGUUACCAGUU